CUAAAAAGCAAGAUGGUUUAGUUUGCGCUUUUCAGGAGUCCUCUGAAUAUGGAAACCGAUAUUCUACAAAGGUGGCAUAAGGAGAAGCCUUACCAUGGCCUAUCAGAGCUUUCUGUUACAGCAGCUGCAGUGUGGCAUGUGCUGAGGUGUCGCAUGACUGCUCACUUCCCAAGAGUGCUGAACUUCAUAGACAUCAUUUACAAAGCAGCACCUGAUCUGCUGCAUUAUCGUCACUAUGCCAAACUCAGCUUGGGGCUGCGUGCCAAGAUUAUACUAGAUUUGAUUGGCCAAGAGGGACCAAACAAUGAGACGUGGCGAGUUUUUCAACUGCAUUUCCCUAAGUGUCCAUCAGAUGUUACAUCUCAUAUGACGCUUCGAGAUCUUCAGAAGGUGCAAUCUGCUGAUUUCAGCUUUCGCACAAUGGUGAAACGGCUUUUUGAAGAUGAUGAAUUUCGGAAAAGCUAUAUGAAGGAGCAAGUGGCUUUAGAUUAUGGAGAGGCAUUUGUUGCUGUACUGGAAAAGCUGAUGAGAGAACUCUUGGUCAGACUGAGUACUGCCUUAUCUGAAAACAAAAGGCAAGAGCUUCAGUUGGCACUUGAAAGCUCUACUUUGUUGUCCGGUUCAGAAUUUACAAUUUCUGCAGCAUCUGUGGCAGUUUCUUCAAGCAAAACAUGAGCUAUUCCUGGUGCUUUCUGUCUUGAACAUUAAACCUCUAUGAGGUAGAUAAUUCUACAGCUGAUACUGAGCUCAGAGUGAAGCAGGAUGACGUACGGUAAUUUCACAAAGGACUUUCAGUGCUAAUAUUCCUUGCAAGAAUGUUGAAAUAUUUAUUGUAGAUUUUAUAUAAGAAUAUUUGCACAUACAUGACACACACUUAAAUGUAUUUUUGUUUGGAAUGGAAUUUACAAAGCAUAUUACAGAUGAAGCAAAAGAGUUGAGAUGGAAUGGAUUUGUUUAUAGAUGAAAAGAUAAUGGGGGUAUGACAAGUAGGUACUAGUAUUCAAUUGGGGAUAAGGGACUAGCAGAAAUUCAGAAGACUAAAGAGCUAGUCUUAGUAGGUGGUAACAAUAUAGUAGGCAGUGACAGGUGGAAGAAUCAAUUGGGAAUAACUAGAUUACGGAAGAGAAUAGUUUUAUAUAGUUCCCUUAUGGUUUACUGAAUAUGGGGUUGAGUUGUUGGGUGACUCUAAUAAAGGUAGUUCUGCGGCUCAGUUCCUUAAGUUUGGCAGCCCCUACAUAAGUACAAGUUGAGCGAAUUCCACCAAGUAUGUCUUUGACUGUUUCUUCCACAUCCCCUUUAUAAGGAACCUCCACGGUUUUUCCUUCUGAAGCCCUAGUAAAGAAAAAAAAAAAAGUAGUAGACUGGUUUGCAGGUUAGUUUAGGAUAGAUUAAAAGGAUGUGAAUUUAAAGAUCUCGGCUGGGUGGAUUUUUUUUUCUCUUUAGGGAGCCAGGAUAUCUGUCUGUAUUACCAAGAAAGAUUAAAGUGAUGGUAAAUCCAAGCUUUAAAAAAACGCUUGGCUUUACCAUCACUCAAAAAAAACAGGACUUUGAGUCAUCAGUUUGUAAAAAAUGGUGCUAAACUUACUCUUCUCUAAAUGAGGUGAUGUGUCCACCUCUAAAACCAAUAGUGGUGCUAGUAUACAGAACUCUAUCAUAUGACUAGCACAGCUAUUGGUUUAGAGGUGGGAACAUCACCUCAUUGAAAAAAGAGCACUGUGCUGUGGGAGGUCGGAGCUUCUAAGUUUAGUACACUUUUUUACAAACUGAUGACUGAAAUUCCUGUUUAUUUUUAGUUAUGGUAAAUCCUAGUGUUUUUUAAACACUCAGAUUUACCAUCACUUAAAAGAAUAACCUUGUACAUGAGAUUCUUACAGUACACUAUUACCUGUAAUCUGCAACACCUCCUGCGUGUUUUUGCAUUGCAGUUUCAGAGCUCAUCCCAUAGAACAGUUUAUAUUUCUUGCCAUUUUUUUCUAUUAUUUCUCCACCAGAUUCAGUGUGUCCAGAAAACAUUCCACCUAGCAUCACAAAGUCUGCUCCAGCUCCUGUAAAAAGACUGUGUUAACGGCUUUAUGGUUUUUAUCGUUUACCUUAUAGGUUAUAUUAAUGCAGUCUACCAAAUCAUACUGAAAGUAGACCUUUACUUCUUUGCAAAUGGCAUAAAAUGAAUACCUUAAAUUGGUAAUGUAGGUGCAGUAAUUAGUACACUGUUUAGCAACCUACACAAUAUCAAUUUCUCCUAGCUAGAGAUUUUUUUAAAAAAAUUAAUAAAAAUAAAUUUUAAAAUGUAGAGCGGAAAAAU